GUAGCCAUGGUUCUGAUACUGUUGGUGGCCAUUCCCCUGCUGGUCCACACAACCAAAGGGAGGAACACCGGAAAUGCAGGGAGCCAUUAUGAAAUGCUUGGAAGCUGCAGAAUGGUAUGUGACCCCUAUGCUACGUCUCAGCCUGGUCAGGAGCUGACAGCUGUGUCACCACCUCCCCAGGAUUACUCUGGGAAGAAGAUAAAGUCUGGGCUUCGUGGGCCUCAAGGGCCUCCAGGGCCUCCAGGAGCACGUGGACCCCCUGGAGAGCCAGGCAAACCAGGGCCACAGGGACCCCAAGGUCCAGGUCCUGGUGGCUAUUCUCCCUCGCUCUACACUCCCAAAAUUGCAUUUUACGCAGGGCUACGCAAGCAGCACGAGGGGAGUGAAAUACUGAAAUUCGAUGAUGUGGUGACCAAUGUAGGUAACUACUAUGAGCCCAGCACUGGCAAGUUCACCUGUCCUCUGCCUGGCAUCUACUUCUUCACCUACCAUGUUCUAAUGAGAGGUGGUGAUGGGACCAGCAUGUGGGCAGACCUAAAGAAGAACGGACUGGUAAGAGCCAGUGCCAUCGCUCAGGACGCUGAUCAGAAUUACGACUACGCCUCCAACAGUGUGAUCCUGCAUUUGGACGUGGGCGAUGAGGUGUGUGUGCAGCUGGACGGAGGGAAGGUCCACGGAGGGAACACAAACAAGUACAGCACCUUCUCCGGCUUCCUCAUCUACCCAGACUGAAUCUAAACGUCACUCGCAGAGAAUGGACACCAACACACACAUAAACACACUCACACAGACAUGUAUG